UAACCACGCCCCCGCGUCUCCGCCGCGCCUGCGCUGAGCGGAGGCGCCUCGUCCGCCCUACGCCGGCGGCGGGAGCGGGGCGGUGCUAACAGCGCGGGCGCGCUGCCGUGGCAGAAGAUGGGCUCCAGGCAGAUCGCCCAGGAGACGUUUGACGAGGCGGUGCAGGAGAACAUCACCGAGUUCCAGAUGGAGCCCGAGGAGGCCGUGAGGGAGGCGGUGCAGCAGUUCCAGUCCCAAGGUGUGGACCUGAGCAAUAUUGUGAAAGCUGUGCGACCUGUCUCUGAGAACGGGCAGAGGCAAAAGCAUCAAAUCCUGCUGAGCCUGGAGAGCCUGGGCAGAGCCGUGGCGGAGCAGGACGUGGCGCAGCUGCCCGAGCUGCUGGCGGCGCUGGCGGCGCAGUGCAAGCAGGAGCCGGCGUGCCGCUGCCUGGCCGCCCGGCACGGCGCUUACCCCACGCUGCUGUCGGCGUGCCAGCUGGCUGCGGGGCACGGGGCCGCGCUGCCCGCCGCGCUGGGCGCGCUGGCCGCGCUGCUGGACGGGCAGCCCGAGCUGCUGGACGCGCCGGGCCGGGAGCUGCUGCUGCGGGGCCUGCGGGAGCGCGAGGCGGCGCUGGCCGGGCUGCGCUGCGUGCGCCACGCCUGCCUCCGCCACGAGCACAACCGGCAGGCCUUCGUCAGCGCCGGCGUCCUGCCGCUGCUCACCGCGGCCAUCGCCCAGCACGGCGGCGACGCCGAGCUGGUCAGGGCGGCAGCCGCCACCCUGCGCGCCAUGACGCUGGACGACGACAUCCGUGUGCCCUUCGGGCACGCCCACGAGCACGCCAGGAUGAUCGUCCUGGAGAACGACGGGCUGAGGGUGCUCAUCGAGGCUGCCAGAGCCUUCAGGGAUGACUGCGGGGUUCUCAGCGAGCUCUGUGCCACCCUCUCUCGCCUCGCUGUCAGGAAUGAGUUCUGCCAGGAAAUCGUGGACCUUGGGGGCUUGAAUUUCUUGGUGACUCUGCUGGCAGACUGCGUGGAGCACCCGGACGUGGUCAGGCAGGUGCUGGGCGCCCUCCGCGCCGUGGCCGGCAACGACGACGUCAAGGACGCCGUGGUCAGCGCCGGGGCCACCGACCUCAUCGUGCUGGCCAUCAACCGCCACCUGGGCAACCCUCAGAUCUGUGAGCAGGGCUGUGCAGCCCUGUGCAUGCUGGCCCUGCGCAAGCCCGAGAACUGCAGCGUCAUCGUGGAGGGCGGCGGGGCCCUGGCAGCCCUGCAGGCCAUGAAGGCUCACCCAGGAGAGGCAGCUGUGCAGAGGCAGGCGUGCAUGCUGCUGCGGAACCUGGUGGCGCGCAGCCGGGAGCUGCGCGGGCCCAUCCUGGCCAUGGGCGCGGAGCCGCUGAUCGCCGAGGCGCGCGCCCUGCACCGCGACUGCGACGACGUGGCCAGGGCCGCCCUCAGGGACCUGGGCUGCCACGUGGAGCUGCGGGAGCUCUGGACGGGCCAGAAGGGCAGCCUGGCCCAGUGAAGCCUCCUCUCAGCCCAGCAGGGAAGAUCCGGAGUGUCCACAGCCCCUGGAACGCGGUGGGAACGGCGUGGAUGGUUCUGCCCGGCGCCCCGCUGGAACACCCAGUUCAGGAGCUGCAGGGAGCUUUUCUCUGGGGAGCUACAGCUGGAACGGCUUUCUGCACCCACAGGCUGCAAACCAGCUCUGUGUGCUGAUAUUCCCUGGACCACAUAAUGGCUGAA